UGCUUCGAUUAUAACAAUCAGUAUCCAUAAAUAUAUAUAUGUCUUGACAAAAUGUGCAAGCAACUCGAUGAGACAACUCGGUAGAGACAUUUAAUGGGACACAUUUCAAAACCUUACCAGCUUGGAAUGAUCUCGAACACACCAUCUCUCCUACGUGACGUACCAGGCACUCAGCUGGCCGUGUUUUGUUGACACUCUGGCCAUUGAUACGAACAGCAGGAUGAUCGAACCUGUCCCAGCUUGCCGUUCGGGGGACGAGGGUGGUGUAUCGGACUCGGAACAGGACUGUGGAGGGCUGCCCGAUGAACCCGCUGGAGGACAGGGAGUUGUGUGCGCCUCCUUCAAUCAGGACUCCACGUCUUUGGCUAUUGGCACCAAAGAUGGAUAUCGACUCUUCUCUUUGGCAUCUGUGGACAAACUGAAUUGCAUUCAUGAAGGUGCUGAGAGUCCAGACGUGUACAUCGUGGAGCGCCUCUUCUCCAGUAGUCUGGUGGUGGUGGUCAGCCGCUCCAUGCCGCGACGCAUGAACAUCUACCACUUCAAGAAGGGCACGGAGAUCUGCAACUACAGCUACUCCAGCGACAUCCUGGCCGUCAAACUCAACCGGCAGAGACUGGUGGUCUGCCUGGAGGAGUCCAUCUAUAUUCACAAUAUCAAGGACAUGAAGCUCCUGAAAUCUCUGCUCAACACACCAGCAAACCGCACCGGUCUAUGUGCACUGUCUGUAAACCAUUCCAAUUCUUACCUGGCCUACCCUGGGAGCACCAGUAUUGGGGAGAUUGUUGUGUAUGACACCAACAGCCUGAGCAACAUAAUCGAGAUCCCAGCUCACGACAGCCCACUGGCUGCUAUGUCUUUCAACAUCCAGGGCAAUAUGCUAGCCAGCGCUUCCGAGAAGGGCACAGUUAUCCGUGUCUUCAGUGUUCCUGAUGGUUUGAAGCUGUUUGAGUUUCGAAGGGGGAUGAAGAGGUAUGUGAGCAUCAGCUCCCUGUCCUUCAGUGCUGAUGGGCAGUUCCUGUGCGCGUCCAGCAACACAGAGACCGUGCACAUCUUUAAACUGGAGCACCAUAGCACCAGUGUGGACGAGGACUCGUCUACCUGGACUGCGUACGUGGGGAUGGUCUUUUCUGCCGCUAGUACCUACCUGCCCGCCCAGGUGUCCGACAUGAUGCAUCAGGACCGGGCUUUCGCCACCGUCCGUCUCAACAUGUUUGGCCUGAGGAACGUGUGCACCCUGGCCAUAAUCCAGAAGCUUCCUCGGCUGUUGGUGGCCUCCUCAGAUGGCUACCUCUACAUGUACAACGUUGACCCUCAGGAUGGCGGGGAGUGUGUACUGGUCAACAAACACAGGCUGUUCAGCGGCGAGGAGGAGCUACCGCCGCUGCUGGCGGACGAGCCCGCGGGCGGCGUCGGGGGUCAGACGUAUGCCGCCACGCUCGCCACCCCCGUCUGCGUGGAGCACACCGUCUCCGCCGGCCUCACAGGUUACUCGGAAGAUGGAGGAGCCAAAAAGGGUGAGGUCAUCCCCGAGCACGAGUUGGCUGCUGGGUCCAUCCGUCUGGAUGAUGAGCAGGAGUUCCCACCAGUCAGCUCCCUGAGCAACUAACCCACCCCCCGCCCCCCCAUUCAAUCAACCAAUCACAUCCUAGUCUCGGGUCAGGGAUGGUACCGAAGUUUUGUAGGCGUAUUUGUCUUGUCAAUGAGAAUGUUUGGUUCCCAUUGACAGACCACUACCAUGUAGCUAAACUCAUGCAGUAUUACCCGAAUGACCAUUACCAUGUGGUAGGACACAGAGUUACCUGUAGUCCAUAGAUAAAUAUAGCCAAAAUGUCUGCUAAACCUACAUCUAGCAUGGUGACAUUGACAAAGAAAUCCUUUGUAGUUUGAAAUUUCAGUUUUGGUAUGCACUAUUUAUGAUACAUUAUUUAUGACAAAACCAUUAUAGGGAAACUAUUGCCCUUUGAAAAGGGAUCCUCAAUGUUUUGGUUUUUCGUAAACAGUGGUUGGGUCAGGUUUGCAUGUCAGAAAUGCCUAAAGCUCAAUUGAUUCCUCAUUUUAGAGAGAGAGACCAAGAGCAUCCUUUUUCUUUUCUUACUGGUCUCCCAUAGUGAGCAUUGGUAGUGCGAUGUAAGGAGACAUGUUGAGUUAUCACUACUAAAAACAAAUUGCUGCCAAAUAGUAAGCCAUUUUUAAAGUGCUUACAUAUUCACAAAAGGGUGAAAAAAAAGCAAGCAUCCCCAGCCCCUAGUCAUUCAAUGCCUAACAGGGGAGCCACACCAGAUGUGUAACGGAAGCGUUCUGUUCGCGUUGCGUCUGCUGCAACUAUUAGCUUCCACUAUAAUCAAUGGAGGUAGCUACACCAGACAUUAUAGCGGCGUAGAAGUCUUUUGAAAGUCUUCUAAUAUGGAUUUCAAGCGUCAUGAACAGAAAGCUUUGGUUACGCGCCUGGUGUACAGUAGCUCCCCUGUUAGUCUGUAAGAGUAGUUUACUCCAGCUGGAAUCCAUAGGAUCACGCACAGACUUCAAGAGUGACUUUUGAAAUGUUGCAUUGAACAAUGCACUUGUUUUGGUCGGCCUUUGAUCAGGGAGACAGCUGAAGCUUCAGGCGUUGUACACUAAAUGUAAAGUAACAAAAAAAUCGUUCUCAAGUUCUGAGGCGAUUUUAGUAACAAUUCUACUACAACCAACGCAGCUUUCCAAACCUGUUACUGUUCAAGAAUUUAUGGAAAGCCUCUGCCAUAAUGAAUCUAAUUGAAGAAGCAGUUCAUUGAUAAUUCUCUGUCGCAAGGGAGUGAAGAAUAUUGAUGCUGGCUUGACUUUAGAUUUGAGUGUGUGUGUGAGAGUGUGUGUGUGUGGGUGUGUUUGUUGAUAAUGCAUGCUUCUUAGUCUAGACUUUUUUUUUGUUGGGAAAAUGAAGUUAAAUCUUGAAGAUCAACACUACAGCAACUGGACCAGUAUGUAGGAUAGGAGAGUAGGCAGUGCGAAUGACGUCAACCUCAACUUUAUCUCGGGAGAAUUACCAUGACAAGAAACACAUUGUAGUGAUGUACCUGUGAACAUUUACUCAUAUUUCAAAUCUGCUGUAGUUUCAAGUGAGCAAGACCAAAAGAAAGAAAGCACAUGUAGAUCCUGCUCAGUUUGUUCUACUGCAACAUCGAUUGCUGCACACAAGUAACACAAUGUGAAAAUCUUGUAUCUGAUAUAAUGUCCUAUAUAGGUAUUUUCAUACUAUAGGUCCUGGAUAUGUCUAAAUAUCUGUGGUACGUUUGUCUCCAUAUAGCAAGUUAGCAACCAUAGUAAUGUGGAACAUUAUACUUGGUCAGAGAAUUUGUGUACAUUUGUGUAUGUAGAUUCUGCCAUGUGCAGUGUCGUAUAGAUACCACUAGAGUUUGCUACAGCUUCAUUUACAAAUCUUCAGGCUCAUCCUGCUUUUCUAGAAAUAGUAAUACCAUAACAUAUGAGCAGCUAGUCCUCUGUUAACCUGCUUUUUGAGAACAUUUUGACCAGCUGUCUAACAUUUCAGCAAUACCAUGUGGGAAUAAUUAUGUAGGCAUAAGGAAACAGGUGAGGAUAUGAUAGACAUGAUGUCAUUUUGACACUCUGUGUGCAUUCACUGCAGAGUAUGUAACACUAAAAUCCUAUUGAAUUGGAGACAGCACCAGAAAGUGUUGGUGGUAUCCAAUACCAAUGUCAUAGUUCUUCGUAUGGAACGGAUAAUACCAAAUUGUACUUCAUCACUGAUGUUUUCCUCUUUCUAAGCAAUUUUUGUUCUCUUCAUGUUCAUUUUACUGCCCAUGUAUGAUAUGUUUUUGUAUGUGCCUAUUUGAAAUAUUUUGUGUUAGAAUGAGUAUGUUUACGGAAGGGUAGAACAGCAAAAGAAUAAACAUAAAUUUG